AGGGAGGAAGAGGACCGUCGCCUAAGGAAUCCAUUGGCAGACGCCUGGGAGGAGGCACAGACCCCUGCUUGCUGACAUCCCUGGGGGCCAGGAUGGGGCAGAGGUUCAGCUGGGAGGAGGCAGAGGAGAAUGGCUUGGUGGACGUGGCGGAGCUGCAGGAGUGGUACAAGAAGUUCCUGGAGGAGUGUCCCAGCGGCACGCUCUUCAUGCACGAGUUCAAGCGCUUCUUCAAGGUUACAGACAAUGAGGAGGCCACCCAGUAUGUAGAGGGCAUGUUCCGAGCCUUCGACAAGAACGGGGACAACACCAUUGACUUCCUGGAGUAUGUGGCAGCCCUGAACCUCGUGCUGAGGGGCACCCUGGAGCACAAGCUGAAGUGGACCUUCAAGAUCUAUGACAAGGAUGGCAAUGGCUGCAUUGACCGCCUGGAGCUGCUGGACAUGGUGGAGUCCAUCUACAAGCUGAAGAAAGCCUGCAGGGUGGAGAUGGAGGCCAAGCAGCAAGGCAGGCUGCUCACACCUGAGGAGGUCGUGGACAGGAUCUUCCUUCUGGUGGAUGAGAAUGGAGAUGGCCAGCUGUCACUGAAUGAGUUCAUUGAAGGUGCCCGUCGUGACAAGUGGGUGAUGAAGAUGCUGCAGAUAGACGUGAAUCCCGGCAGCUGGAUCUCUCAGCAGAGGCGGAAAAGUGCCAUGUUCUGAGGGGCCCAGGGCCCUGGGAGCCCCCAAGACCCCAGGCUCACUAGGUUUCCAGAACAGUGGCAGGGCCCCUGGCUCAGCCUGCUCAUGCCCGCUCUUAUCCUGGCUUGGACUUCCUGGCACCCCCUAUGCAGGAGGUGGGGCUGGCUGGGGAGGGGAGGGGCCAUUGGUCUGAACUGGCCAGCGGGGCCUGGUCCAUUGGGAGGAUUCACAGGUUGGUGAAGGGAACUAGCUUCCUCUCCCCCUUCAGCUGCUCCUGGGAAAGCCAUGCCUGGCUAGGUAGUUGUGGGGUUCCCAGAAAUUUCCUUCAUGGUUCAUAGAUGGAAGCAGAGAAAACUGAGGGGUAGGGGUUCCAUAGAUGAAUGCCCACGCAGUGUGAAACUGACUAGUAGGACGGUGGGGCUGGCAGGUGUUAUUGACUCUGAAGAAA